AUGGAUGAAGCCAGGCUGGAAACCAGCCCGCAGACCAGCAGUGCUGACCUUACAUGGGCUCCUCAACCUCUGGCAGAGCAGGUGGGGAGGCCCCAGCGGCUGCCAGGUGGUGAAGAGGGUGAAGUGCCGGGGAUGGAUGACACGGAGCGGGUUUGGGCAGCGGGAUUUGGGGAUCUUUUCUGCCGUUGUUGCAAGGCUUUCCUAGCCCUGGGGAGGCGGGCAGCAACGGCCCGGUGUCUGCGGAGGUAUACAAAGCUCGGUUAUGCUGGUAAUACUGAACCACAGUUUAUCAUUCCUUCAUGUAUUGCUAUCAAAGAAUCAGCAAAAGUGGUUGAUCAAGCACAAAGGAGGGUUUUGAAAGGUGUUGAUGAUUUAGACUUCUUUAUUGGCGAUGAAGCAAUAGAAAAACCAACUUACGCAACCAAGUGGCCCAUCCGCCAUGGCAUAGUUGAAGACUGGGACCUGAUGGAGAGGUUUAUGGAACAAGUAAUCUUUAAAUAUCUAAGGGCGGAACCCGAGGAUCAUUAUUUUCUUUUGACUGAACCUCCAUUAAAUACUCCAGAAAAUAGGGAAUAUACUGCUGAAAUCAUGUUCGAGUCUUUCAAUGUUCCAGGGCUGUAUAUUGCUGUUCAGGCUGUCCUUGCCUUAGCUGCCUCUUGGACGUCACGACAGGUAGGAGAGCGGACGCUGACUGGCACAGUUAUAGACAGCGGGGAUGGUGUCACUCACGUUAUCCCUGUGGCUGAAGGAUACGUGAUCGGCAGCUGUAUCAAGCACAUUCCAAUCGCAGGCCGAGAUAUAACGUACUUCAUCCAGCAGCUGCUGAGAGAACGAGAAGUAGGAAUUCCUCCCGAACAGUCCUUGGAAACAGCUAAAGCAGUGAAGGAACGCUUUAGUUACGUCUGUCCUGACUUAGUAAAAGAAUUUAACAAGUAUGACACAGAUGGUACAAAGUGGAUUAAACAGUAUACUGGAAUUAAUGCUAUCUCAAAGAAAGAAUUUACCAUUGAUGUUGGCUAUGAGAGAUUCCUGGGACCAGAGAUUUUCUUUCACCCUGAGUUUGCUAAUCCUGACUUUACGCAACCCAUCUCAGAAGUCGUAGAUGAAGUUAUUCAGAAUUGUCCCAUUGAUGUUAGACGUCCUCUCUAUAAGAAUAUCGUCCUCUCUGGAGGCUCAACCAUGUUCAGGGACUUUGGUCGCCGCUUACAGCGAGACUUAAAAAGGACUGUUGAUGCCAGACUGAAACUUAGUGAAGAGCUUAGUGGUGGCAGACUGAAGCCUAAGCCUAUUGAUGUUCAAGUCAUUACACACCAUAUGCAAAGAUACGCUGUUUGGUUUGGAGGAUCUAUGCUGGCUUCCACACCUGAGUUCUACCAAGUAUGCCAUACCAAAAAAGAUUAUGAAGAAAUUGGUCCUAGCAUCUGUCGUCACAACCCCGUGUUUGGAGUCAUGUCUUAAAGCUGACCUUGGAGGGGUCAGGGCUGGGGAGGUUGGGAGGAGGCGUCUCUCUGAUUACUUGUUUGUCCGGUGGCCGGUAUUAAGAUAACAAACAUGACUUGACAAUAAGAAAAAGACCAAACACAGUUAAACGGGAGUAUUUUAAUAAGUGUCUCAACAUGCGGAUGUAGUGGAAAGCCAAAAUGAUUGUUUUUUUCUUUAGAUUUGAUUAUUUGAAACUGUGCGUUACAAAACAUAAAAGUGGAUUUAGUUCUUUCUGUGCCCUGAUAUUUUGUAUAUUAAUGAAUUAUCCAAGAUUUGAUGGGAUUUGGCAGUGUGUAGAUAGUCAGCUCUCUAACGCUUCAGUUGCAGCCUUUCAUGGGUGCAAUGCAGGAGCUUGUUUAUAUUUCAUACUUUUUUAUACUUUGAGGAAAAAUACAAAUUAAACUGUAAUAUUUGAGGGGGAAACAAUUACCAGUCACCUACUUAAAAGUAAAUUUAAAAACAAGUCUUACGACUCAUUAAACUAGUUCUUACAAAUUAUGACCAAUCUAAAUCCUGGGUUCCAUGCAAUACAAAUGCUUUUGGAACUGAGAAGCUAGUAUCUUGGAUUAACCAAUGCCUGCUAGUGCUUUCUGAUUACUCGGUGCAUUUUCACUCUAUCUCUUGCUUUAAAAAAAAAAAAGUAAAGAUGAGACUGUUGGACCAAUAUUGCAGUUCUGUAGUGUCAUUUCUAAUUAAAACCAAAUAAUCAGAUGAUCAAAAUUGGUGUAUUUAAAGCCUAACACCAUUCCAAUAAAGGCACAAAAUUUCUUUUUA